AUGAAUGAAGCAACCUCUCGCACUUUGAUUGCAUAUUGUUUACCCAAUUGGAAAUCUGUACAACUACGUUCAACAUCGGUGCCAAUACCGAUCUCAGAAGACAAUCCAAUCGAUCCACUAAUUCGUAGUGAAGUUGAUAAAUACUAUGAUAUACUCUACCGUCGAGGUGAAAUACAUUCGUACGGUUUAUUAGCUCGAUGCAUUGCGGGACGUGAAUGUGGUCGAAAUCUAUUACCAUCGUUUGAUGAAAUUAAUUACGGACUUUGUCAUAAUGUAAAAUUUCAUCAUCAAUGUAUAUUUUCAAAUUCAUUAUUUUCUUUAAAAAAAUGCACCUGCCAACGACCGUCCUAUAUAAGCGUUACUCGUAUUUUACUGAAUAUAAUUUUGACUACUCAAAUUUUAUUUAUUUUUGUUAAUCUUCUUCGAUUAUAUUGCCAUCAUUGUCAGACGUCGUCUCUCAGCGAUAUUCGAUUUCGUAUUAUUGCAAUAGUAUCAACACUAUUUUCUAUUGUAUUUCUUAUUCUUAUUAUAAUACAACAGAAUAAUAAUCGUCGAACUGAACCCUUAGAAUUUUUUCAUGCAAUGCAUCAUUAUUAUUCUCGUACGCAAAUUUAUAAAUUUUCCAAUGAUUUAGAAUUAAUCAUUAAACAAAUCAAACAAGAUUUGGAUAUAAAUUUAGGUGCAUCGUAUAUAUGUAUAAUAUUUACACUAAUAUUAACAUUCGUUUGCUUUCUUAUAUCAGCAGCAGUUGAAAUAAGCCCACGGUCAAAAGUUGAUGACGAUGAAAAACUCGAUGAACACAAUACCGUAUUAAUACAAGCUCCUCCAGUAGAACGUUUUGUACCAUUUGAACACAUUCAAUUUACACGCCAAACGAGAGUUUAG